AGUGGAUAAUUUUCUUCUAACCCUUCUUCUUCUUCUUCUGGUUUUAGAAUUAUACAGUAUAUGCCGAGAAAGGAGUGAUAAAUUUGGCUACAUGACGUAUACAUGGUGCUAGUUGGAAUGUAGACUAUUAUCUGUGUCCAGAGACGAGUUGGCCAUAUACAACAGGAUAUCGAUGUGUGCUAUGAAAAUGUGCAGAUUCUGGUUCUAGUUCUAGUGAUUAUAGUGUUUUAGAUAGCUGACAAUUUCAAAACCUUGAAGAGCCAGCAUGGCAUCUCCUGGCCAUGCACACUUUCACCUCAUCAAUGAGAUUACAAAUAGCCUGUACCUCACCAGUGCUUACGGGGCCAGUAGCCCAACAGCCCUGCGCGCCAAAGGAAUAACCUGCAUCAUCAACAUCUCCCUAUCGUUCCAGACUCCAACACCCAAACUACGGGACAUUGAAUUUGUCCGGAUCGCCGUUGAUGACAUCCCGACGGCGCAGCUCGGUGUGCACUUUGAUCGGAUCGCAGACAAGAUCAACAGUGUAAAGAAAGGCGGCGGGAAAACCGUCGUGCAUUGCUACGCCGGUCGCAGUCGAUCGGCAUCUUCUGUGAUGGCGUACCUCAUGAAAUACGAGCACUUGACGCUCAAACAGGCUCACGUUCACGUUAAAUCGCGUCGUCCGGUCAUACGCCCCAAUCCGGGGUUCUGGAAGCAGUUGAUAACGUACGAACACCGACUGUACGGUAAGAACAGCGUCAAGAUGAUGUACACCCAUGCUGGGGCGAUACCGGACGUGUAUGCACAGGAGCUGAAAAACUUUGUGCAUCUGUGAGUGAGAUUUCCGCGUCACUGAAUGCUUGUUUGAGGAACUGAUGAUAUUUGAGUAUUGUUUCUAACUCUCUAUACAGCAAGAACUACAUGUACAUGUUGAUGAUGUUUGACCAGGCUGGGGCAAUACCGGACGUGUAUGCGCAGGAGCUGAAAAACUUUGUGCAUUUGUGAGUGAGCUGAUCUCCGCGUCACUGAAUGCUUGUUUGAGGAACUGAUGAUAAUCGAGUAUUGUCUCUCUAGAGCAAGAACUGCAUGUUGAUGAUGUUCACCCAUGGGCAAUACUGGGCAUUUACGCACAGGAACUUGAAAUUUCAUCCGCCUUCGUGAAUGAGUUGUGUUCAUCACAGAGUAUGUAAGCCUGUAAGUGAGCACAUUCAAGCAUAGCCUGUAUGAUAAGAACAACAUCAAGAUGAUACGCCCAACCUGGGCUGGGAAAUACCGGAACUGAAAUUUGUUAUGCAUUUGUGAAUUGUGAGUGAGAUCUUAGAAUCACCUGCACUUCUUCCGCUUGGUAUGAACUGUGUGGAGUUGAUCUACAUGCAUGCCGGGGCAACACUGGAUGUGCACAGUCAGGAGCUGAAACGUUUUAUGCAUUUGUAAUUUCAAGGGUGAGAGUUUUUCAUAACUGAGUGCUAGUGUACGGAACUUACAAGGUCAAAAUAUCAUCUGUAUGGUGUAAUAAUGGGAUGAUACACACCUGUGCUGCUUAUUAGGCAAUAUUGGACAUUUUUAUUUAUUAAUGCAGUUGUAAAGUAUAUCACUUCAUCACCGAGUGCUAAUGCAAAUAAGGAAUGUAUUGUAAUGCUGCCAUUUGAUUUUGAAAUAUUUGUGAUUUACUGAUUUUCAAACCAUUUAUCUUCAAAU